AAAGACUUCCCACUUGAAAAACCAAAACGAAAGCAGAAUCUUUUGAAAACGUGGCACAUUGUUUCAGAAUCCGAUGGUCGUGAUAAAGGGUUGAAUCCUUCGCCUUCAUUUGCUCCUGACUCUCGCUUCUGCCCCCAACAAACAAAGUACUCGUCUACUCCCACUGUUAGAGAGAGAGAGAGAUAUAGAGAGAAGCCAUGUGUGGAAUACUCGCCGUCUUCGGUUGCUCCGACAACUCUCACGCCAAACGAGCCCGAAUUAUCGAACUAUCUCGAAGAUUGCGCCACAGAGGUCCUGACUGGAGUGGCUUGCAUUGUCAUGAAGAUUGUUAUCUUGCUCACCAACGGUUGGCUAUUGUUGAUCCCACUUCUGGAGAUCAACCACUUUACAAUGAAGACAAGACGAUCAUUGUGACGGUGAACGGGGAGAUCUACAACCACAUGGAUUUGAGAGCAAAGCUGAAGUCUCAUGAAUUUAGAACAGGAAGUGACUGUGAAGUUAUUGCCCAUCUUUAUGAAGAAUAUGGAGAGGAUUUUGUCGACAUGUUGGAUGGAAUGUUCUCCUUUGUCCUUCUCGACACCCGUGACAAAAGUUUCAUUGCUGCUAGAGAUCCUAUUGGUAUAACUCCCCUAUACAUGGGUUGGGGUCUUGAUGGAUCAAUUUGGUUUGCAUCAGAAAUGAAAGCUUUGAGUGAUGAUUGUGAACGUUUCAUCUCCUUCCUUCCAGGGCAUAUAUAUUCUAGCAAAAGUGGUGAGCUCAGGAGGUGGUAUAAUCCACCAUGGUAUUCAGAGUGCAUACCGUCAACCCCUUAUGAUCCUUUAGUUUUACGUCAGGCCUUUGAGAAGGCUGUUGUGAAAAGACUUAUGACAGAUGUGCCAUUUGGUGUACUUUUAUCUGGAGGACUUGACUCGUCACUUGUUGCUGCUGUGGCUUCUCGUUACUUGGCAGAGUCCAAAGUUGCUAGACAAUGGGGGUCAAAGUUACAUACCUUUUGCAUUGGUCUGAAGGGUUCUCCAGAUCUUAAGGCUGCAAGGGAGGUUGCAGAUUACCUUGGCACUCACCACCAUGAGUUCUACUUCACGGUUCAGGAAGGCAUAGAUGCAGUUGAGGAAGUCAUUUACCAUGUUGAAACUUACGAUGUGACAACUAUCAGAGCCAGCACUCCGAUGUUUCUAAUGUCUCGGAAAAUAAAAUCAUUGGGUGUAAAGAUGGUUCUCUCUGGAGAAGGUUCUGAUGAAAUUUUUGGUGGUUACUUGUAUUUCCACAAGGCACCUAACAAGGAGGAGUUUCAUCAGGAAACAUGUCGCAAGAUUAAAGCUCUUCAUCUAUAUGAUUGCCUAAGGGCAAACAAAUCUACUUCAGCGUGGGGUGUAGAGGCUCGUGUUCCAUUUCUGGAUAAGGAAUUUAUAAAUGUUGCCAUGGACAUUGAUCCACAAUGGAAAAUGGUGAGACCUGAUAUUGGUCACAUCGAGAAGUGGGUUCUACGCAAUGCAUUUGAUGAUGAUCAGAACCCAUAUCUGCCAAAGCACAUCUUGUACAGGCAGAAGGAGCAGUUCAGUGAUGGAGUUGGUUAUAGCUGGAUUGAUGGCUUGAAGGAUCAUGCAAACAGACAUAUCUCAGAUGCAAUGUUGACUCAGGCAAGCUUCGUUUAUCCAGAAAAUACACCCACAACGAAAGAGGCAUACUACUACAGGACUAUCUUUGAGAAGUUCUUCCCCAAGAAUGCUGCAAGGUCAACAGUUCCAGGCGGUCCUAGUGUUGCAUGCAGUACUGCUAAAGCACUGGAAUGGGAUGCUGCGUGGUCCAAAAAUCCUGAUCCCUCCGGUCGUGCGGCUCUAGGGGUUCAUGAUGCUGCUUAUGAUCAAGCAGUGGACUCACUUUCUUCAGGGAAUAAUUCGAGUUCAUUCCUUGAUGUUCCUAAGAAAUUGCAGGCAGGCAUUGUAGAGGCUACUGCCACAGCUAUUUGAUUGAGGUUUCUAUGCUUAUUCAUCUUUUAUAUUUAGCUUAAACUAGGGUUCCAUUGUCAAAUGUGUCAAAAGGUAUUUAUUCUUACUAGGAUUAGUGUCUCUUUUUUUUUGUCACUUCAUAUAAUUCUGAGUUGAACCCCUCUUUAGGAAUCAGUUGUACAUUUUCUUUGGAGAGUAGUGGAAGGAAACAUCUAUCCACCCUCUUUUAACUAGCUGAUUGAAUGACUUUGUAUCUACUUGUAACCUGCUAUUUGGAUUCGAAAGCGCGUGCAUCAAUUGAUCAUUGCAUGGGGGAUCAAAUUAGGUGAUGAAGUCUUCUUUGCAAUGGAGCUUAGCAAUUGCAUCGGAGUCAUGCAUGAGACUGCAAGCUAAAUUAAUGCAGGUUAAAGGAAGAAGCUCCUAGCAUCCAGAUGGACAAUCCAUGUUGAGGGAUGAUGUAAAGGUCUCUACAGAUGAAGCGUGUAACUUUUUAUUUUAUUUUUUGUGAUAGAUGGUCCCCAGGUAGAGCUGAACUUACAUGACCUCUUAAUUGUGCGGUGUUGGUUUUUGCCAAUUAAGCUACUAACUUGUGGUA